AUGUUACAUAAACAUAGAAAACAUCACAAUCAACAAUUUUUGGUUGUGGAAAAACGAAGUAUGAGAAUGAAACGACGUACCAAUUUGGAAAGGAUCGUUGAAUUUACAGCAGAAAAUUCUCCUUAUUCUAUUUUGAAAAAUGUUACUAUUCAUGCUGAACAAACUCCUUAUUUUCAAAUAAAUGAUAACAAAUUUGACAUAUAUAGUAAGGAUGCACAUAAAAAAGCACUGAAUGUUAGGAACUAUCGGAGAAAUGAUGACACACUUAGUACUGAAGGAAAUGCUUUCAAAUUGAGAAGUUUAACAAAAAUCAAUUUAAUUGGCCAAAAACGAGCUGCUAAGGAUUGUUUGGCUGUUUCGAAUUGUUCUAACAAUGGAGAAUGUAUCGACUUGAAUGUUUGCCGUUGUAAUGUCGGAUAUGAAGGGAUUGACUGCGCGCAAAUAUCCUGUUCAGCGUUAAAAAAUUGUUCACAAAAUGGCUAUUGCAUAGCACCAAAUAUUUGCAAAUGCUUCGAUGGUUGGCAACAACAGGAUUGUUCGGAGCCAACUUGUCAUUUGAUAAAUAAUUGCAGUGGGCAUGGUACUUGUGUAUCGCGUAAUGAAUGUGAAUGUGAACCGAUGUUUGAAGGUUUUGAUUGUAGUAAACAAAUUAGGAAUUGUUCAAACACAAGUUGCAACAGCCACGGUUUAUGUGUUAACAAUAAAUGUAUUUGCGAAACCGGUUGGACUGGAUCGUUUUGCUCGGAAGCAGUUUGUGAUCAAUUGAAUAAUUGCUCUGGUUCCGGCAUUUGCAUUCGACCUCAGUUAUGUGAAUGCUUCCAUGGAUUUUCCGGAGACGAUUGCUCAAUUUGUGCAGAUCCAACCUGUAAUCUGUGUGAUGCCAAAUGUGUUCACGGACUUUGCGAUGCGAAUACAAGAACUUGCAUAUGUCAUGAUGAUUGGACCGGUCCAAAUUGUGACAUUUGCGCCACCAAAAAAUGUAACACGUUGUCAGCAGUGUUAUAUGUGUUACCAACAGCUGCCGGAAUUCAUCAAAGGAGCGAAAAUAUUUUAGUUUAUGGCAAUAAUUUACCAUUCGUAUCAUCAAAGCGUUACACGUGUUUAUAUGGUAAUACAGCUGCCGACGGUUUCUAUGUUUCAUCGUCGUUAGUACGUUGUACAAUUCCAAGUUUAGCUUUGCCAGGCCGUUAUUUAUUCAAUAUCAUCCCAUAUGGAUCCGAUAAAGCUAUUCCAUUUCUUGAUAAACGUUUGAUUCAUUUUACUCUAUACAAUGAAUGUAAUCAAGCAGAGUGCGAAGGUUAUUGUUUGGGAGCAAUUUGUGUGUGUCCGACAGAUCGUAAAGGAGCAUUUUGUGAGCAGACAAAAAUACUACCAAAAUUGAAUCGUGAAAUUUUGAGCAAUGAAACACUGAUAGAGGCUGUAGAAGGUGAACCGUAUACUGUCAAAAUUCCUAUUCAGCAUGAAAAUACCAUAUUCAAUAUUGAAACAGAUGCAAAUGGUAUGACAAUUUUUCCAAAUGGUAUGGUAUUUUGGUCACAGCCAAUUGGACGUAUCCAACCGUAUACUGUAAACGUUACCGGCACUUCGCUUACUGGUGGAUAUGAGGCUGGUUGGAAUUUAACUGUUAAACCGAUGUAUACACCAAUGAUUACUGAAGUUGAAGACGUUGAUGAUACAAAUAUGAAAGUGAUUAAAGGAAUUGUUAAUUACAAUGCAAAAUUCAUCGGUAAUGUUCCCGUAAGAAUGUUGAUUUAUCAGAAUGAUAAGCUGAUGGAGAAUACUACAACAAUAAGUACGGCUGAUGGUCAUUUUAAAUUUAUACAAUAUCCAUUCGAUGAAACAAAUCCAACAUCAGUGUUUGUGAUACAUCCUGGAGAAACAAAACCUGAUGCUAUUACAUCACCCAAUAAUGUCACAUGGGCUACUUUUGAUAUUGAAUAUAAUCCUAAAAUAAAAAUGAAACCAGGUGGACAAAUUGAUGAAAAUUAUGAGCUAACAAAUAGAGGCGGAGAAGUGCUUCUGAAUUGUCAAUUGGAAUUAAUCAUACCGCGUGAUAAAAUACAAAUUGUAAAAUAUGAAAAGAUAAUAAAAGGUAUAGCAGUUGAUGAAUCAAAGUCAAUGGAAGUUACAUUUGCUGCUGGGAACACUCUCGACAACACUACUCUUAUUCUACAAUUCAAAUGCACUGAUACACCUAGGAAAUUAAUUUGGCAACAAAUAGAAGUGGAACGUGAAAGAGCAAUGUUUGUAUCGUAUCCAUCAGAGAUACUCAUUUCCAUUCCAUCACGAGUACCGCCAAAAAUUGCUACGGUUGAUAUUGUAAAUAAGGAAGGCUAUCAAUUUUCCUCUGUACCACGAAUUUCCAUUCGACCUGAUUACAGUCCUCUAUUUCUGAUAGCUACCAAACCAUCACUGGAAAAUAUCACGGAAUUUAAUAAUCUGGAAUCUACACUUACACUCUUUCUCAGCUAUCGACCACUGCUACCAGUUGAAAUUGCAAAUUGGACAAUUUCUGGUGACUUGAUUUUAUUCGACGGAAAUAAGGAACUAUUUACGGUGAAAUAUCAUAAUUAUGUCACUUCGGAUUCAUUUGAUUUUCAAAUAACAGUAAUGGAUGAAUUGAGCGCAUUGAAUGCAACCCAUUUUGUCAACGAUGCAGAAAUAAUGCUCCGGAAUGAUUUACUUGGCUAUAAUGAUAAAAAGCAUACAAAAUCUGAUGGAUCUGUUAUAUUUUUUUCGAUUAUUGAAGGAACUUAUCAGCUUACUGUUAAAUCUCCCACCCAUGCAAUGGUUAUUAUGAUCGUUCAGCCAUCAUUUAUUAAUUCAUCAUUGACUAUAUUUGCUCCGAUUAGUUCAACUUAUUCUCCAGUUGUCGAAGAUGGAAAACUAUCGUUGGAGGAAAUUAAUAAACAACAGAAAAUACCAUUUCCAAAGCUUCAUUUUACACCGUCCACAAUAAUGGUACCCGUAAAUGGCACAGAGGAAAUGAAUUUGUUGAUAAGUAGUGAUUUCGAUGGUCCAAGUGAUAAUAUAGCUGUUUUGCCUUCUGUUGAAAUUCAUGAAGAACAUCUUCCAUUUACCUUUGCAACGGCUGAUGUUAGAAAUGGAUUAGGAUUGGGUGAUGGUUAUCACAUGAAGUCUAAAUUAUCGCGUGUAUCAAAUCAGACAGAAAGUGCUAUUGCAUGCACAGUUUUUGCCUUGCAAAUUCCAUACAUUUAUAUGGUACAAAAUUCGAUGUCAAAUUACAUGCGAAGUGUUAUGAUAUUAACUGAUAAUAGGAAUAAACAGAGUGAUAAAGUUCAACUCUGUGAAGUUGGUCUACAAACUGUGCCAGCAGAAGCAUCAAUUUGGGUUAAAACAACAAUUUACUGCAAUUGCGCAAUGAGGGUGAAGGAGUAUUGUCGUUUACAAUAUGUAUCGGCAGCAUCUUGUGGCUCUGCUUGGAAAUAUAUUCCGGACGAUACAAUAUCAUUGCAAACCAUAGCAACGUUUAUUGUAAUGAUUGCAGAAUGUCGUACGGCUGGUGUUAAUUUCCAUAAAAUUAGACAAUUUCUUGAAUGUGCUUCUUCAUUGGAUAGUUAUUGUUUGAUAUCGCAACAACGAUCUUUGAAUAAAAACAAAUUCUCAUGGGAAAGUCAACAAUGGACACAAUUCGAUCAGUUUACUAUGGUCAACGAAAAGGCAGAUGAUAUAUUGCAGAAAUAUUUCUCGGCCCUGAAGAUGUUAACAUCACAAACGGUAGAUAUAGUCGCUCUAUAUAAAGCGUUUUUUGAACGACUAAAUAUCUUAUUGCCAUUCAAGCAUUUCGAAGAAAUUAAUAAUAACAAAUGGUUCAGCAAAUUCUUUGAAAGUAUUUCCGAGUCGUCGGACAGUGGGCUUGCAAUUAGCGAAACCGAAUUCAAAAAAUUAGAAGAUGAGAAAGGGGGUGCGAUUUUGGCGCAUCGUUGGAAUGCAACAGUUGACGAAUGGUCUAAAAUAUCAAGCCUUUCCUCUAAAGUAAAUAUUUCGGGCAUGAAAUUCGUAGAUGCUCGAGAAUUGAUUAUUAGCUCGGAUCGAUUGAAAACACUUGCAAGACAGUAUGGUACCGAUAAUCCAUUCGCAUUGCUCCAUGAUUACAUUGGAAGAUUGUUGUCGUGGGAAUCGGAAAACAUGUCUGGUUCACAGCAAGUUUUGAAAUUUGCAAGUGAUUAUGAAGAUAUUUGUGCCUAUGCUUACAGUUUGAUAACACCCGAAAAGCUGUAUGAAAAUGGCGAAUUUAAUAUUCGAUUAAAAGUGAUUAACAAGAAGAAGGAAUCACUAGAAUCUGUGAAAGUAACACUAGAAAUGAUUCAGAGUCGUGCAGAUACAUCAUCAGGUACUGAUGCAACGCCAUCCAUGCAAUUUUGGAUUGGACCGGUUAUGCUAGAUGGAAUUGGCAGCAUUGAUCAUACUUCGAAACUGCUACCAAAUAUGUCAUUUGUCGCAAGCUGGAAUCUCAAGCCAGUCAAAAAUAUGCGAUUGAUUCAUGAAACUGAAUAUCAGUUUGAGGCGAUUCUGAUUUUGAAAUUUACACAAAAUGGUCGCAGAAGCGUGCAGCGAAUAGCAACACAAACGGUGAUAUUUCGGCCUCGACCGUCGUUGAAAAUUUAUUAUUUAAUCUCAAACUUAACACAUUCGAAAAUUGCACAAGACACAGAUGUUCCUCAGGCUACGUUUAACGUAAUGAUCGUUUUUAUGAACACAGGUUAUUCAAAUCUCAAGAAUGUCAAAGUGGAGGAAAUUCGAAUAUCAGUAUUAUCGAAAGAUAGCGUCAAAAAUUUUAUACCUUAUCGAAUCAAUGGCAUUAUCAGUAGUAGUGAUAGUGACAUUGAAGACGAGAUUCUUUCCAACUUUCAUUUUAUAAUUGCAAACAUUGAAUCCGGGAAAACUAAUGGAGUAAUUCAUGACUUCAAAGUGACAACUUCGGUUAACGGCGAAUUGAUCGAACUUGAGGAUACUCAAACCUUUACUAUCCAGCAGUUUAUUUCACCAAUCAAAUUUCUGGUUUCAUCUCAGAUCAAUCCAGCUUCAUUGUUUUACUAUGAUGUGCAGAAGGCUGUAAUGCGUACCAUUGUGCCACUGAUUUUUGUUAAUGUCAACGAAAAAAGUAGUAUCAGUGAUGGGAAACCUUUUCGGCAACAGAUUAUAACAUUUCGACUCAAUGAAUCACAACAGCAACUCACACCAUUUUAUGGACAAAUACCAUAUCCAACUGAUUUGGAAAAUGAUUUCGAAGUACUGCGAGUGAAUCAGAUUACCAAAAAUGGUGCGCUAAAGCUCAUUGAUCCACGAAAUGUUUGGAGCUCAAAUACUGAUAGAAGAUUUGUCCAUUUUAUCGAUGAUAAUCUAUUAGAAGCAUCUGAAUUUAUCGCAUACGAAAUUAUUUAUGGCAAUGCGGAGCUCUUCCUUCGUCCACAUUUCGAAUUUCCUGUUUAUAAUAUUCCACUUGUAACUGAAAAUUGGCCACAUGUUGGCAAUGAAAUUGCACAUAUUACGGCUACUUCAGCAAAUCAAUCAACUUUGCGUUAUGAACUUUAUUCAAAUUUUAGUGAAAUGGAUGAUUAUUUCAGUAUAAAUCCUCAAACUGGUGUGAUAAACUUAAAAAAAGAAAUACAACCUGCGGAAGUAGGAAAUGGUUAUUGCGCUACUGUCCGAGCGACUGAUGAAUAUGGGCGUUCUGAAACAGCUGUAGUGACCAUUGGAUUUGAUGGUUUUGUCAAAGAAUGUCAUAAAAUUGUCAAUUUUAGUGACCUUCGACCUCUUACUUACAUUCCUUCUCAAUCUCAUUCUUCAUCCUCAAAACCUGCUACACAAAUUAAUGUAACCAAUGGUGACGCUAAUUAUACUUCAGAAAUACCGAAACUGUAUCGCUUAUCACAUAUCACAACUCCUCCACUGUCAUCAACUUUGAGUUCAACAAAAGCAAAAACUGCUCAAACAGGAACUUCUGAAAUUGGUGGAUAUCGAAUGAAGUCUUUCGUAACAAGGAAACAUGGAUACACGAAAUUGAUUGCCACACAAUCAGUUUCUGAUUCCAGCGGCAGAUUGAAUUUAACUUUAGAUUCGAGCGAUAUUUUCCAAUUGUCUUCAACUGUUGCUUCUGAUUCCAGAGCAGAUUUAAGCAUUGCUUCUGAUACAGGCUCUGCUGUUGGUGCUGCAGAAAGUAAUCUAAAUGGCCCUCUUUAUCCUUGCGAAUUUGGCAGCACUGAUACUUCCAAGAAUGUUAACUUAUCGACAGAUAAGUCAUAUAAGGCGUAUAUAAUUGGGAAUACCAAAGAUGAUUCAUUGUUAUCCCGUGAAGAAAUUCAAAGCGAAUUGGAAGGAAUCAAUGAAAGAAGAGUUACAUCGAGUGGCAGCUUCAGUUCUGGAAGCGCAAAUGGGAGAAGUUCUAACGAACUAUUGUAUAUUACUGGUCAACGAAGUGAUAUUUCUAAUACGACCACAAUUGAUCCCUAUGGAAUAUUCAUUACAAUGGAUCAAUCUGGUCUUUUACCUGAAUCAGGAAUUAGCGCUGCUUCUUUUACAUUAAUUAAUGUAGCCACAGAUGAUAGUUUUAAAACUACUGAAGAUUCUAAUAUCAACUUAAAUACUCAAAUGAGCGUAUCAAAUAAAGAUCCCAAAGAAGUUUCAAAGUCUUAUUCCUUAUUUUCAACCGAAAUACCAGUCGAAAAAGAUCUAUUUCCGGUUGCUAUUACAUAUACGAAUAUAACAUCUAAUCAUCAACCUGUCCGGCAUGCGGAAUCAAUCUACAAUAUUAGCACUACAAAUACUAUCAAUUUUUAUUCGCUUAAUAAUAAUCUAGAAACAGAAUUGUCAUCUUCUGAAAACAAUGGCGAAGCAAUCGUUACAGAUGAUACAGCAGUGAAGAGUGAUGAUUCAGAAAACUAUCAAUCGCAGAUGACAUCGUUUCACAAAAGUACAUAUUACGAUCUAACGUCUCCUAUUCCACAAAUUUCAGAAUUCGUAGGACCAGAUAAGAUCGAAUAUUCAACUAUAGAACGAUCGAAUAUCCAACCUGCAACUAAAAUUCCAAUCACUGUUUCUUCUGGUGAUUCAUUUAUGAAUUCUGAGGACAACGAAAAUAUCUUAGAGAUGGCUUGUCGUCUAAAAGAUACAGAACCUAUUUGGGGUCUCAUUUGUGAUCUUAGCAAAACAUUAGAGAGUAGUAUUGAAAAACAAAAUCCAUAA